CGUCCGGUUCUUCCUUCCAUAUUCCGUCUACCUCCAUCCUGUCCGAGCAGGCGACAGGGAAACGGAGGAUGACUUGUCUGCUGCGUUGAAGUUAAAACCUGCCGACUGAAACUUUGCUAACGGUGGUUCAGACAAAUUAACUCUCCAAGGAGCUAAUUAGUUUGAAAGAUCCAGUGAUGAAGUUAACCUCCAAAGAGUGAGUCCACAUCCUCUAAAACCGGCCUGGCUUCCUGUUCCAAUGUCCCGCCUCUUGUGACUCCAGCUGAGUGCACCUUCUGUUGACCAGCGGACGGCGCUGGCUCUUCUCGGGGGGGUGUCGGUGGGGGGGUUGAGACCAGAGAUGGACAGCCGAUGCAGCAGUAGCGCCGAUUCGCGGCUGACCGGCAGGGGGCCCGGGUCCAACAACGGCACGCCCUUCUGCGCGAGAGGGGAUUCGUACGAAGCUGGGGAGAAGAAGUGCAUCUCGGACGUGAGGAGGACCUUCUGCCUCUUCGUCACCUUUGACCUCUUGUUCAUCACAAUGCUCUGGAUCAUAGAGCUCAAUGUGAACGGCGGCAUUCAGCAGCAGCUGGAGAAAGAAGUCCUGCACUACAACUACCACGCCUCCUUCUUCGACAUCUUUCUCCUGGCUGUUUUUAGGUUUGCCACUCUCAUCCUGGCGUACGCCGUCUGUAAGCUUCGCCACUGGUGGGCCAUCGCAAUCACCACUGCAGCCAGCUGUGCUUUCCUGAUUGUUAAAGUCAUUUUAUCAAAGCUGCUGUCUCAGGGGGCCUUUGGGUACCUGCUGCCCAUCAUCUCCUUCGUGUUGGCCUGGAUAGAAACAUGGCUGCUCGACUUCAAGGUUCUGCCUCAGGAGAACGAAGAUGAAAACAGAUAUCAGUCCAUCAUGGACGCAGAGCGAGCUCCUCCCCUGGGUCCAGGUCCUUUAUCUGACGGACAGUUCUACUCUCCACCAGAGUCAGUGGCAGACUCUGACGAGGAACUGGAUGAUAAACACGAUCCAGAAAUAGGACUCAUCCAGUAGCGAGCUAACAGGAUAUCCGUUUCCGAAGGCGACGUUGUUCUCCUGCUCCCGUUGGACCACUGAGGGGAAUCUCUGCCUUACACAUUCUGCUAUUUUAGCUUUGGUUCGCCUCAAAGAAGUCUUUGUAUAUUCAUACUCACGAAUGCACCUCUGAUAUCAGCCUGCUGCAUGUGCACCCGGGACUGGAAAAAGUGCCACUUAAAAAAGCAAUUUCCUUAUCACGACUCAUUCGUUUUCAGGGUGUUUUUUUUCCCCUCACAUUUAAUAAAACUCUGUAGCUUAGAGGGAAAUAAAUAUGAAUGGAUAUUUAUACACAAAAUUACAUGUGUCUCAAAUGGGAAGAAUUUGAUUUGAAUAAGAAUUAAAUCCAUAAAUUUGGGAUCUGUUUCAGUGUCAAACCCAUAAUUCAAAGUGGUUUUUUUACAGUUAUUUCUUCUCUAAGGUAUUAAUGUCUUAUAUUUCCAAUGUCAUGUUUACUUUUAAUUUGUCGAUCAUUUGUAUAUGCUUGGGUUUGAAGUCACUGUAAAGGAAAAAAAAAAAAAAGGCUUGUUCGAUAGACUGCAUUAAAAAAAAAAAAAAGGAUUUUUUUUCGGCCAGUAUUGAGCUUAUGGAUCGCGUUUGAAGCGAACACAAGAGGAAAUAUUAACAAUUUACUGCGUUUAAUAACUCUGAAAUGUAUUUGACUACUUCCAGGUCUUUAAAAAGAAGGUUGAAACAACUUGCACAGUGUGGAGAUUUUAAGAAAACUGCCUGCUUCUCAAAGAGUGAAGUAUUAUUUUACCUUAAAACCAAAUGAGCCAUAAACGUGCAGCACUUAAACGUGAAGGUUUGAGCUGCUCUGCGUGAACUGUUAACUGCUCUUAAAACGCUGCUAUUCCACACAGAUGGAGCUCAACAUGAGCUGAAAAAUACAUGUACAUAUAUAUAUCCAUGCAUGCCUUGCAAGCCAAGUGGUUUUGCUUUUAUGAAAAGCUUGUCUGUAAAAUAGAAUCAAUAAAAUGUGAAAUGUUG